AUGUAUUCGUCACUAACCGGCGCUGCGCAGACCGGUCUGCCUCUGUGUCGCAGCGAAAAAAUCAGCCAACUCCCAAUUCCAGGUCGGAGUGCUGACGUUUUUCUCGAUAAUGUUCUCACCAACCUGAAGAACGACACGGAGGUGCGGGAGAUGUUGGAUCCCCUGCGCGUAGAUGACGUUCAGCUGAAGCAGUUCGAGUUCUAUAACAUCACCAUUCACAACCUUCUGAGUUUGCUGAGGAAAGGUCCCGCAACGACCCAGAAUAGACUCGGAGGAAUCAUUCUCACUGCCACCUUGGAAGUCAACUCCGUCACCAUCCACAUCGACUACAUUCGGCAGAAGCGGCUCCUCCGACUGAGGGGCGAUAUUCUGGCGCAGAUCGAGCGCAUAACGUUCAGCCUCAAAGUCUCAGCAAACGUACUUUCGGGCAAGGUCGCACUCAAGGACUUCGAAGUAAUCGAUCUGGGCCAAGUACGCCUCCAAAGAAUCACUGGAGUCACUCCAGUCCUGAAUAAGCUCGCAGAGGUUCUGCUGCAAAGGCUUCUGGUUGACAGGAAUCGGGACAGAAUUCGCCAAGCAAUCCAGGAAAAGGGUCGAGAAGCUCUAGAAAACGCGUUGAUGAAAGCAGACUCGAGUUUGUUUUCUUUCUGA